GCCACCAAUGCAGCUAAGGAUUGGUGGUCACAUGGCCUCUGCCCCUCCCCAAGCAGAGGCAACAUGGCGGCCUCAGCAAGCUGUAGCUGCGACAUUUGAAUUACUCCACUCGUAGCUAUUGCAUUCCUGACGAUGGCCUCUGUGGCUUCGUGCGAUUCGCGUCCGAGCUCAGACAAGCUCCCUGGAGACCCCUCUUCACAAGAAGAAGAUGAGGACUAUGAUUUUGAAGAUCGGGUCAGCGACUCGGGUUCAUAUUCCUCAGCGAGUAGCGAUUAUGAUGGUCUUGAGCCUGAAUGGCUGGACAGUGUGCAGAAAAAUGGAGAGCUGUUUUAUUUGGAAUUGACUGAGGAUGAAGAAGAAAGCCUCCUUCCUGAGACACCAACUGUGAACCAUGUCAGGUUCAGUGAAAAUGAGAUUAUCAUUGAAGAUGAUUACAAAGAAAGAAAAAAGUAUGAACCCAAACUCAAGCAGUUUACCAAAAUUUUAAGAAGGAAAAGACUUUUACCCAAGCGCUGCAAUAAAAAAAAUAGCAAUGACAAUGGACCAGUAUCCAUUCUAAAGCAUCAGUCCAAUGAGAAGACAGGAGUCAUUGUCCAACAGCGGUACAAAGAUGUGAAUGCUUAUGUAAACCCCAAAAAGCUAACUGUUAUCAAAGCCAAAGAGCAGCUCAAGCUUCUGGAAGUGCUGGUUGGAAUUAUUCAUCAGACCAAGUGGAGCUGGAGAAGAACCGGAAAGCAGGGUGAUGGAGAGAGGCUUGUGGUCCAUGGCCUGCUGCCAGGGGGAUCUGCUAUGAAGAGCGGUCAGGUACUCAUUGGUGAUGUCCUUGUUGCUGUAAAUGAUGUUGAUGUUACUACUGAAAACAUUGAGAGAGUUCUGUCUUGCAUUCCUGGACCUAUGCAGGUGAAACUGACAUUUGAAAAUGCAUAUGCUGUGAAAAGGGAGACAUCCCAACCAAGACAGAAAAAGACACAGUCCAACACAAGUGAUUUAGUCAAGCUUCUCUGGGGAGAAGAGGUUGAAGAUAUCCAGCAGAGCGGCCUAAACACUCCUCAUAUCAUUAUGUAUCUCACACUACAGCUCGACUCAGAAACCUCAAAGGAAGAGCAGGAAAUUCUUUAUCAUUAUCCAAUGUCUGAAGCAUCUCAGAAACUUAAAAGUGUGAGAGGGAUUUUUCUCACACUCUGUGACAUGCUGGAAAACGUAACUGGGACACAAGUUACUAGCUCAUCCCUCCUUUUAAAUGGAAAACAAAUUCAUGUGGCUUACUGGAAAGAAUCUGACAAGUUGUUGCUAAUUGGCCUGCCUGCUGAAGAAGUUCCUCUUCCUCGUCUAAGGAACAUGAUAGAAAAUGUCAUCCAAACCUUAAAAUUUAUGUAUGGUUCUUUAGAUAGUGCCUUUUGCCAGAUUGAGAAUGUUCCUCGUUUGGAUCAUUUUUUUAACUUGUUCUUUCAAAGAGCACUUCAGCCUGCGAAACUGCAUUCCAGCGCCAGUCCCAGUGCUCAGCAGUACGAUGCUUCCGGUGCAGUACUUUUAGACAACCUCCCUGGAGUCCGGUGGCUCACACUUCCACUGGAAAUCAAGAUGGAAUUAGACAUGGCAUUAAGUGACUUGGAGGCUGCAGAUUUUGCAGAACUGUCCGAGGAUUACUAUGACAUGAGGCGGCUGUAUACAAUUUUGGGGUCUUCUCUAUUUUACAAGGGUUAUUUGAUAUGCAGUCAUUUGCCCAAGGAUGAUCUUAUUGAUAUUGCCGUAUACUGUCGCCACUAUUGCCUGCUGCCUUUAGCAGCAAAACAAAGAAUUGGUCAGUUGAUAAUAUGGAGAGAAGUGUUUCCUCAGCAUCACCUCCGACCUUUGGCAGACUCAAGCACUGAAGUCUUUCCGGAACCUGGAGGAAGAUAUUUUUUGCUAGUUGUUGGCUUGAAACAUUAUAUGCUAUGUGUACUAUUAGAAGCUGGAGGUUGCGCAUCCAAAGCUAUUGGGAGUCCUGGACCAGACUGUGUAUAUGUGGAUCAAGUCAAAACAACUCUUCACCAGCUGGAUGGAGUAGAUUCUCGCAUAGAUGAACGGCUAGCAUCUUCUCCAGUCCCCUGUUUGUCUUGUGCUGACUGGUUCCUUACUGGAUCACGUGAAAAAACAGAUAGCUUGACCACUUCGCCUAUUCUCAGUAGGCUACAAGGUACUUCCAAAGUAGCAACUUCUCCAACAUGCAGAAGAACGCUUUUUGGUGACUAUUCCUUAAAGACACGCAAGCCUAGUCCUUCCUGUAGUAGUGGAGGAUCUGACAAUGGUUGUGAAGGUGGAGAAGAUGAUGGCUUUAGCCCCCAUACUACACCGGAUGCAGUAUGGAAGCAAAGAGAAUCUCAGGGCUCUGAUGGUUUAGAAGAAAGUGGGACCUUGCUUAAGGUCACUAAAAAGAAGUCUACUUUUCCAAAUCCAUUUCAUUUGGGAAACUUGAAAAAGGACCUUCCAGAAAAAGAAUUAGAAAUAUAUAACACAGUGAAACUGACAUCUGGUCCUGAGAACACACUUUUCCACUAUGUUGCCUUAGAAACAGUGCAAGGAAUCUUUAUUACUCCUACCCUUGAAGAGGUGGCACAGCUAAGUGGCUCUAUCCACCCUCAGCUAAUAAAGAAUUUCCAUCAGUGUUGUCUUUCCAUUCGUGCAGUUUUCCAACAGACAUUGGUGGAAGAGAAAAAGAAAGGACUAAAUAGUGGAGACCAUUCAGAUUCUGCAAAGUCGGUGUCUUCUCUUAACCCUGUUAAAGAACAUGGUGUGUUGUUUGAAUGUUCACCUGGAAACUGGACUGAUCAGAAAAAAGCACCACCAGUUAUGGCUUACUGGGUAGUAGGGAGACUUUUUCUUCAUCCAAAACCUCAAGAACUUUAUGUCUGUUUUCAUGACUCAGUCACAGAAAUUGCCAUUGAAAUAGCUUUUAAAUUGUUCUUUGGGUUAACCUUGUAGCCGUGCUUUCUUGAUGCGUAGAAACACGUGCGUGGAGGAUCAAAUACUGUCAGAAUUGCUGAAAUCAAUACACAAAGAGAUAAAGUUUAGCUUCUUUUUACUAUUCAAUAUUGAACAUAAUAUUGUUAAAUACUGAGAUGAAAUGCUGUUGGAUUUGAUACAUUAAAUCUUAAUGUAAUAUUGUAAGACUUUUGAGAAUAUACUUGAUUAAAAUGUGAAAGAAGGGAUUGUUAACUUAUUGCUAUUUUGGUAUAUAAUGUUAAUUUAUUGACUAGUUUGAAAUAAUGUGAAGUGUUUUUUAUAUCAGAUUAAUAUAGGAAAUGUUUAUUCUUGAAAAAUACCCAAUUUGUUGUUUAUUUUUCUCAAAAUUCAUACUGAUAUCUGAUGAAAUGAUUAUGAAAUUGGGAGCAGGUGACCAGGUGCUGUAACUAAGUAGUGCUAUGACCAUGAGCAAGUUUUUGUACCUCUCUAAGCUUAGAGUUUUCAUGUAAAAUGAGAUGAUUGCAUUGAGGUUUCAAAAAUACCUCUUAAGUAAAAUGUGCUUUUAUUUUAUUUUAGUUUUAGUUUUAGUUCUGGGGUACAUGUGCAGGAUGUGCAGGUUCGUUACAUAGGUAAACAUGUGCCAUGGCGGUUUGCUCCACCUAUCAACCCAUCACCUAGGUAUUAAGCCUAGCAUGCAUUAGCUAUUUUUCCUAAUACUCUCCCUACCCCCACAACAGGCCCUGGUGUGCAUUGUUCCCCUCCCUUUGUCCAUGUGUUCUCAUGGUCAGCUCCCACUUAUAAGUGAGAACCUACAGUGUUUGGUUUUCUGUUCCUGCAUUAGUUUGCUGAGGAUAAUGGCUUCCAGCUUCAUCCAUGUCCCUGCAAAGGACAUGAUCUCAUACCUUUUUGUGGCUGCAUAGUAUUCCAUGGUGUGUAUGUACCACAUUUUCUUUAUCCAGUCUAUCGCUGAUGGGCAUUUGGGUUGAUUCCAUGUCUUUGCUAUUGUAAAUAGUGCUUCAAUGAACAUAUGUGUGCAUAUAUAUUUGUAAUUGAAUGAUUUAUAUUACUUUGGGUAUAAACCCAGUAAUGGGAUUGCUGGGUCAAAUGGCAUUUCUGGUUCUAGAUCUUUGAAGAAUCACCACACUGUCUUCCACAAUGGUUGAACUAAUUCACAUUCCCACCAACAGUGUAAAAGCGUUCCUAUUUCCUCACAGCCUCGCCAGCAUCUGUUAUUUCUUGACUUUUUAAUAAUAGCCACUCUGACUGGUGUGAGAUGAUAUCUCAUUGUGGUUUUGAUUUGCAUUUCUCUAAUAAUCAGUGAUAUUGAGCUUUUUUUUCAUAUGUUUGUUGGCUGCAUGAAUGUCUUCUUUUGAGAAGUGUCGUGUCCUUUGCCCAGUUUUUAAUGCGGUUCUUUUUUUUCUUGUAACUUGGUUUGAGUUCUUUGUAGAUCCUGGAUAUCAGAUCAUUGUUGGAUGAAUAGAUUGCCAAAAUCUUCUCCCACUCUGUAGGUUGCCUGUUCACUCUGAUGAUAGUUUCUUUUGCUGUGCAGAAGGUCUUUAACUAGAUCCCAUUUGUCAAGUUUUGCUUUUGUUGCAGUUGCUUUUGUGAUUUCAUCAUGAAAUCUUUGCCCAUGCUCAUGUCUUAAAUGAUAUUGCCUAGAUUUUCUUCUAGGGAUUUUAUAGUUUUGGGCUUUACAUUUAAGCCUUUAUUCUAUCUUAAUUUUUUGUAUAAGGUGUGAGGAAUGGGUCCAGUUUCUAUUUUCUGCAUAUGGAUAGCCAGUUCUCCCAGCACCAUUUAUUACAUAAGGAAUCCUUUCCCCAUUGCUUGUUUUUCUCAGGUUUGUUGAAGAUCAGAUGGUUGUAGAUGUGCAAUCUUAUUUCUGAGUUCUCUAUUCUAUUCCAUUGGUCUAUGUGUCAGUUUUUGUACCAGUACCAUGAUGUUUUGGUUAUUGUACCCUUACAGUACAGUUUGAAGUUGGUAGUGUGAUGCCUCCAGCUUUGAUCUUUUGGCUUAGGAUUGCCUUGGCUAUACAGGCUCUUUUUUUGGUUCCAUAUAAAUUUUAAAAUAGUUUUUUCUAAUUCUAUGAAGAAAAUCAAUGGUAGUUUAAUGGGAAUAAUAUUGACUCUAUAAAUUACUUUGGGCAGUAUGGCUAUUUUCAUGAUAUUGAUUCUUACUGUCUGUGAGCAUGGAAUAUUUUUCCAUUUGUUUGUGUCCUCUCUGGUUUCCUUGAGCAGUGGUUUGUAGUUCUCUUUGAAGAGGUCCUUCACUUCCCUUGUUAGCUGUAUUCCUAGGUAUUUUAUUCUCUUUGAAGCAAUUGUGAGUAGGAGUUCAUUCAUGAUUUGGAUCUCUGCUUGCCUGUUAUUGGUGUAUAGGAAUGCUGGUGACUUCUGCACAAUGAUUUUGUAUCUUGAGACUUUGCUGAAGUUGCUUAUCAGCUUAAGAAGCUUUUAGCUGAGACAAUGGGGUUUUCUAGAUAUAGGAUAAUGUCCUCUGCAAACAAAGACAUUUUGACUUCCUCUCUUCCUCUUUGAAUACCCUUCAUUUCUUUCUCUUGCCUGAUUGCCCUGGCCAGAACUUCCAAUACUAUGUUGAAUAGUGGUGAGAGAGGGCAUCCUUGUCUUGUGCUGGUUUUCAAGGGGAGUGCUUCCAGCUUUUGCCCAUUCGGUAUGAUAUUGGCUGUGAGUCUGUCAUAAAUGGCUCUUAUUAUUUUGAAGUAUGUUCCUUCAAUACCUAGUUUAUUGAGAGUUUUUAACAUGAAAGGAUGUUGAAUUUUAUUGAAGGUGUUUUCUGCAUCUAUUGAGAUAAUCAUGUGGUCUUUGUCUUUAGUUCUGUUUGUGUGAUGAAUUAAGUUUAUUGAUUUGCAUAUGUUGAACCAGCCUCACAUCCCGGGAAUGAAGCCAACUUGAUCGUGGUGGAUAAGCUUUUUGAUGUGCUGCUGGAUUCAGUUUGCCAGUGUUUUAUUGAGAAUUUUUACAUUGAUGUUCAUCAGGGAUAUUGGUCUGAAGUUUUCUUUUUUUGUUGUAUCUCUGCCAGGUUUUGAUAUCAGGAUGAUGCUGGCCUUAUAGAAUGAGUUAGGGAGGAGUCUCUCCUUUUCAUUUGUUUGGAAUAGUUUCAGAAGAAGUGGUAUCAGCUUCUUUUUGUAUUUCUGGCAGAAUUCAGCUGUAGAUCCAUCUGGUCCUGGGCUUUUUUUGGUUGGUAGCCUAUUAAUUACUGCCUCAAUUUCAGAACUUGUUAUUGGUCUAUUCAGUGAUUCAACUUCUUCCUGGUUCAGUCUUGGGAGGGUGUAUGUGUCCAGGAAUUUAUCCAUUUCUUCUAGAUUUUCGAGUUUAUUUGCACAGAGCUGUUAUAGUAUUGUCUGAUGGUUGUUUAUAUUUCCGUGGGAUCAGUGGUAAUAUCCCCUUUAUCAUUUUUUAUUGUGUCUAUUUGAUUCUUCUCUCUUUUCUUCUUUAUUAGUCUGGCUAAUAGUCUAUUUUGUUAAUAUUUUCAAAAAAAAAAGCAGCCCCUGGAUUCAUUUAUUUUUUGAAGGGUUUUUCAUGUCUCUAGCUCCUUCAUUUCCACUCUGAUUUUGGUUACUUUUUGUCUUCUGUUGGCUUUUGGGUUUGUUUGCUCUUGGUUCACUAGUUCUUUUAGUUGUGAUACUAGGGUGUUGAUUUGAGAUCUUUCUAGCUUUUUGAUGUGGGCAUUUAGUGCUAUAAAUUUCCCUCUUAACACUGCUUUAGCUGUGCCCCAGAGAUUCUGGUACAUUGUCUCUUUGUUUUCAUUGGUUUCAAAGAACUUCUUGAUUUCUCUCUUAAUUUCAUUAUUUACCGAGGAGUCAUUCAGGAGCAGGUUGUUCAGUUUCCAUGUAGUUUUGUGGUUUUGAGUGACUUUCUUACUCUUGAGUUCCAAUUUGAUUGCGCUGUGAUCUGAGAGACUGUUUGUUAUUACUUCAGUUCUUUAGCAUUUGCUGAGGAGUGCUUUACUUCUAAUUGUGUGAUCAAUUUUAGAGUAAGUACCAUGUGGCACUGAGAAGAAUAUAUAUUCUGUUGUUUGGGGGUGGAAAGAUCUCUAGAUAUUUAUCAGGUCCCACUUGAUCCAGAGCUGAGGUCAAGUCCUGAAUAACUUUGUUAAUUUUCUGUCUCGAUGAUCUAAUAUUGACAGUGGGGUGUUAAAGUCUCCCACUAUUAUUGUGUGGAAAUCUAAGUCUCUUUGUGGGUCUCUAAGAACUUGUUUUAUGAAUCUGAGUGCUCCUAUAUUAGGUGCAUAUAUACUUAGGAUAGUUAGCUCUUCUUGUUGAAUUGACCCCUUUACCAGUAUGUAAUGCCUUUGUCUUUUUUUUAAUCUUUGUUCGUUUAAAGUCUUUGUCAGAAACUAGGAUUGCAGCCUCUCCUUUUUCUGUUUUCCUUUUGCUUGGUAGAUUUUCCUUCAUCCUUUUAUUUUGAGUCUAUGUGUGUCCUUGCAUGUGAGAUGGGUCUCUUGAAUACAGCACACUGAUGGAUUUUGACUCUAUCCAGCUUGCCACUCUGCGUCUUUUAUUUGGGGCAUUUAGUGCAUUUACAUUUAAGGUUAAUAUUGUUAUGUGUGAAUUUUAUCCUGACAUCAUGAUGCUAGUUGAUUAUUUUGCAGACUUGUUUAUGUUUUUGCUUCAUAGUGUUACUUAUCUGUGUAUUUCAAUGUGUUUUUUGUAGCGGCUGGUAACAGUUUUUCCUUUCCGUAUUGAGUGCUUCCUUCAGGAGCACUUGCAAGGCAGGCCUGGUGGUGACGAAUUCCCUCAGCAUUUGCUUGUCUGAAAAAGAUUUUAUUUCUCCUUCACUUAUGAAGCUUAGUUCAGCCAGAUAUGAAAUUCUGGGUUGGAAAUUCUUUCCUUUAAGAAUGUUGAAAAUUGGCCCCCAACCUCUUCCAGCUUAUAAGGUUUCUGCUGAGAGGUCUGCUGUUAGUCUGAUGGGCUUCCCUUUAUAAGUGACCUGGCCUAUCUCUCUGACUGCCCUUAACAUUUUUUCCUUCAUUUCAGUCUUGGAGAAUCUGAUGAUUAUGUGUCUUGGGGUUGAUCUCAUGGAGUAUUGUAUUGGGGUUCUCUGGAUUUCCUGAAUUUGAAUGUUGGCCUGUCUUGCUAGGUUGGGGAAGUUUUCCUGGAUGAUAUCCAGAAGUGUGUUUUCCAACUUGGUUCCAUUCUUCUGUCUCUUUCAGGUAUAUCUACCAGUCGUAGGUUCAGUCUUUUAACAUAAUCCCAUAGUUCUCAGAGGUUUUGUUCAUUCCUUUUCAUUCUUUUUUCUCUAAUCUUGUCUACCUGCCUUAUUUCAGCAAGAUAGUCUUCAAACUCUGAUAUCCUUUCUUCCACUUAGUCUAUUUGGCUAUGGAUACUUGUGUUUCCAUUAUAAAGUUCUCAUGUUUUUCAGCUCCAUCAGAUCAUUUACGUUCCUCUCCAAACUGGUUAUUCUGUUUAACAGCUCCUAUAAUGUUUUAUUAUGGUUCUUAGCUUCUUUGCAGUGAGUUGGAACAUAUUCCCUUAGCUUGGUGAAGUUCGUUAUUUCCCAUCUUGGAUGGAUGAUUGACAUUCAUCCGUCUCAGCCUCAGCCCAGUUCUGUGCCCUUGCUAGAGACAUGUUGCAAUCUUUUGGAGAAGAGGCACUCUGGCUUUCUGAGUUUUCCAUAUCCUUGCAUUCUUUCUCAUCUUCAUGGGUUUAUCUACCUUUGAUCUUUGAGGCUGCUGACUUUUGGAUGAGGUUUUUGUGGUGUCUUUUUUGUUGAUGUUGUUGCAUUCUGUUUUUCUUUAGCAGUCAGGCCCCUCUUCUGCAGAGCUGCUGCAGUUUGCCUGGGGUCCACUCUAGUCCCUAUUCGCCUGGGUCUCUCAUCUUCCAGGAGAUAUCACCAGUGGAGGCUGCAGACCAGCAAAGAUGGCAGCCUGCUCCUUCCUCUGGGAGCUCUGUCCCAGAGGGGCACUGGCCUGAUGCUAGCCGGAAUGCUCCUGUAUGAAGUGUCUGGAGACUCCUGUUGGGAGGUCUCAGUCAGGAGGAGCGGGGUCAGAGAACCACUUAAAUAAGCAGUCUGUCUGCCCCUUGACAGGGUGGGUGUGCUACACUGGGGGGAAUCCCCCUCAUCUGGACUGCCUUGACUCUCCAGAGCCAGCAGGCAGAGAAGACUAAGAUCACUGAUCCAUGAUACUUCAGCCAUCCUUCCUCCUAGGGGCUCCUCUCGGGGUUAUCAGCGUUUUGUCCAUAAACCCCUGGCUGGGGAUGCUGAGAUUCCCACAGGGAGGCCCUGUCCAGUGAAGAGGAGUGAAUCUGGGUUCCACCCCAUCUCGCUGGCGCUAGCAGCAAGGGAAAGUGGCCAAUUGAAGCCGCAGUGAUGGCAGCCUCCCCUCCCUUCUCCCCCAUCUCCUUCCCCACUUCCAGAACUCAGUCGUCUUAGGCAGUUUCUAGCUGGUGAGGGAGGAUUCCAAGCCAGUGGGUUUUAGCUUAUAGAGUUCUGUGAGAGCAAGGCUGCUUGGCUCCCUGGCUUCAGCCCCCUCCCCAUGAGAGUGGACAGAUCUCCUGCCUCAUGGGAGUUCCCAGAGCCGGAGUAUGCAAAUACUCCAGUGUCUCAGUGCCUGCUCAAAGCGGCUGCCCACCCAAGCAGAGAUUUGUGCUUGGGACCCAAAGCUCUGGUAGCAUUGGCUCAGGAGGGAACCUCCUGAUCUACAAGUUGCAAGGAUCUGUGGGAAAAGCCUGGUUUUCAGGGAGGGGAAGCAAAAUCCUUCACCAUCUCCCUUGGCUGGAGGAGGGAGUUCACUUUGCUGCGUGCAGUUCCUGGAUGGGAUCUUGCUCCACCCUGUUUUUGCUCGCUCUCCGUGGGUCAUGCCAGCCACCUAGCAGUCCCAAUAAGAGAACUUCGGUACCUCAACUGAAGAUGCAGAGUUUACUCACAGUUUUCUUCCUUCUUGGUGGGAGCUGCAGAGCAGAGCUGCCUCUCUUUGACCAUCUGGGCUCUCUGUUCUACUUUUUUUUUUUUUUUUUUUUUUUUGCCUCUUGCAUGUUGGUCACCUCCUAAAUUAGUAAUGUCCAAGUACUUAUUCCUUAUCAGAUACUUUUCAUUAAUUUAACUAUCCUAGUACAUACCUCACUGUGGGGAAAAGGGGAAAGAUGAAAAUUAAACUUACUUUUUAUUUAUUUGAUUCUCUUUUAAGUUUCAGGUAAGCUCGAUUUUGACUAGGAUAUAUAUAUAUGUGUGUGUGUAUAUAUAUGUAUUUUUUAAACUAUUUGUCAACUUUA